CCUCCUCGUUACCAAACACCUAGAAUAGAUUCUAUUAACCACUCCUACGGUUCGACCUAUAAACACCUUCUACGAUGUCCGCCGCGAUCCAGGAUCACGUCGCCGAACACACCAGACUCACCAAUGAGAUUGAAGAGAUCGAUUACGCUCCGCCUACUCUGAAGCAGGUCGAGAGCCAGUUGAACGAGGUCAACAAGCAGUUGACGGGGAGUAGGAACGCGUUGGGGAAGUUGGAGAAGGCUACCAAGAAGGAAUACCAAGAAUGGGCCGAGAUCCGAGAUCGAACCUCGAAACGAUUCUGGGAACGGGAGAGGAGGUUGAAAGCCGAGAUCGAGGCUAUGGAGGGGGAGGUGGCUAGUUAUGAGAACGAGAUCAAGAACCUGAAACCCCUGGCGACGCAGCAUGAACGGCUGAGAAAGUCUUUGGAACAGCUGUACGAAAGGGUCUUUGGUGGACCUACUCCUUCCCACCCAGAGGAGGAUCAAGCUGAACAAGCUUAUCAGGCCGCUCUGACGCAUUACAACGAGUUGCAAGGCAGGGUGACCAACGAGUCUAGGGCUUAUGACUUAUUGAAGCAGGCGGAUAGGGCCAUGGCCAUGUCGUAUAAGAACAUGACGAGCGCUCUCUCAGCCUCCCAGUUCGACAUGUUUGGCGGCGGGAUGGGAGCGGACAUGAUGGAGCGCAACGCACUCUCGGAAGCUCAGAGGUGUGCGGAUCAAGCGAGGAUGUUUGUGGUCCAGGCGAAAGGGUUGCAACCCUUGAUCAGGGACUUGAGCGAUUUCCAGGUUCCUCGAGCCUCGAUGGGAGACAUCUUUUUCGACAACAUCUUUACCGACAUGGCCAUGCACGACAAGAUCCAACAAUCCGCCAAACGACUCCAGAUCUCUCACCUCGAGCUCCGAGAAGUCCUCUCGCAAUCCCUCUCCCACCUGCACGGGCUGGAAGAACAGUCCCGGUCUGUCGAGGGCGAGUUGAACUCGGCGAGGGAGAGGCUCAAGGGGGUCAGGAAGGGGAUCAUGGAGUUGGCUGGGGAGAGCUUGCCGGUCUAUACCGGUGGAGCUCCGCCGGGUUAUGUUCCGCCUGCUCCUGCCGAGCAGGGUCAGCCUCAAGUUCAAGUGCAGGGUCAAGGGAGGUAUUACGGGAAUCCGUUUGCCAGCUCGUUGGAACAGCAACAGUAUUGAGUCGAGCGGGAUGCGAUCGAUGUAUGGGUAGAGCGGUGUUGCAAGAAUUCUUGCUCGGGUCAGUGUUUACAUAAUACCGUAAGGGAAAUCCGAUUAGGAAGCGUCUCGUCUUCAGAGAAUAUAGAUGUAUACGGUCAGACAGCUCUUAAUGUCAGAGCUCGAACGUCAUGAACAGAGUCCAAGAUUGUCAAGACAUGCGAUUUCGACGUUUUAUGGGUUCA